UCUUUGCUUUAUUUAGUUGAAACUUUAGUUCAACUUAUGUUGCUGCCAAUUCUUGGAUUAGAUGCACACUGGCUUAAAAUGUUAUCACAAUUGUUGAACUUGUUGUUUCAACUUCUCUCACAUUUUUUUCUUUUAGAUUAACUUGUUGCUUGACAUAAAUAGAUCAGGUGUCCAUCUUAAAGUUGUUAGGCCUUACAUAUUAAAUGGCCAUGUUUAUCUCAGAAUUAUGGCUAAGGCCUAGUGUAAGGCUUUGUUAAAUAUCUGGCAAAAAUGCACAAAAGAACCUUAUUAUUUUGACCUAGUUUCAAAUUGAAUCCUAUGGUUUAGAGAGUGAAGACAUAACCUCUAAAUUAAAUCUGUUAAACAGUUUUAACCUUCGGUUAACUAGACGGUUAAGUGGCAAUUGGACUGCAAAUGCUGCUCGAACGAGAUGCUAUCAUGAUGUUCUCUCUUUGCUCUUUCUUAUCAUUGUCAACCCUCUUCUUUUGUUUCUUUAUUUGUGGCAUAACAUUGAUAGACUAUACACAAUGAUUACAACAAAACCAAAUCUGACCAUUCAAAUGUCUAAAACUAUGUUCAACAUGCAAAAUAAUCAACAGGUACAUAAAUAAGUUAAAAAGAGAGGUCAGGUCAAUUAAAAGCUCCAAGCCUAGUCUAUGUUUGUAAUUGCAAUUUUAUUAAUCCAAAUGGAAUUGGAACAAGUGUUGUCUUCAUAUGUUCUUAUAACAGAGGUUUUACAAUAGCAUAUAGUCUAUCUAGCUGCAAAAAGAAAAACUUAAGCAUGAAAGCCGGAAAUGGAAAAUCUAUUCAAACACAGCAGUGUAUUGCUUUUAAGUACAGUGAUUUAUUGACACUAUGCUUAUAACCUGUGAGUGGAGCACUUAGAUGUAUAGCUUGUGAUUGUUUGAUUUUCAUUUGGGUUACUGCAUUUGAGAUUCAAAUUUGGCUACAGCCAGAUUUUGGGUUCUAUAUUAUGUGCUAAACAUGGUGUUUUGGGAAGAGAGGCAGAGUGAUGGGGAGAUAAAGAGUAAACAAAGGGAAAGGAAAAGAGGCCAUAAAAGGAGGAAAGAAAUAGGACAGAUUUGGGAUAGCAUGUACUCUUUGUGCAUGCUAACUGAUAUAGUUAUUAGAAACUUAAAUCAUUGUUUAACUGACCUAAUUUUGACGUUAACAUUGCAACUCUGUUAACUAGAAGUUUUAAUUUGAAAUUGGUUCCAAGCUGAGGUAUUUCCAUGUGCUUUUACUUGAAUGGAGUCGUGAUGCCAUUCUUUGUCGACCUAAGUUUUUGUGUAAAUUAAUUGUCUAGGUGUUUUCUUCAGAAUUGAAGAGGCAUCCAGUAAAUAUUUGGAACUAUUCUCUUUCAGCUUGACGCUUUUAGACUAAUUGGUUGGUUAAUAAAUACAUUUAUAUUGAACUUAAACAAGUGCCAUUUAACCUUUUCUACCAUUUUCAUCACAGUUAUUAAUGUUACUUCAAAUUAGAAGCAAAUAAAUUGAAAUGUGCAGAGAAAAUGCUUCUCAAAACCCAACCAAGUGGCUACUAUCUCAAGAUUGCUGCAAUUCUUCUUGAUCUAACUAUUUCAUGUUGAACACCUUUUUGGUUGGAGCAAACCUCCAUCUUCUACAGGUUGGUGCUCUCCAAGAUGUUCGAUCUGAACUGACUAAGUUGCGAGGUGUUCUGUUCUAUAAAGUUUUGGAGGAUUUGCAUGCACAUCUUUAUAAUAAGGGUGAAUACAGCUCAGUUGCUUCAAGCAUGAAUGGAAAGGAUGAUGAAGUGCCAACAACCACAGCUGUUGCAUUUACAGCAAAUACUUCACAGCCUGUGUCUCGAAGAACCAGGUCAGUGAAAGGUGAUAGUCAGUUUGGCAGUCAGGGGCUUGUAGAUGGACCAUACAGGCCAGGUUCCAUUGAUGGAGGUUCAUCAUAUGAUGGCCAUGAUGAGGAUGGUUCUUUGGAGCCACAUGACGAUAAUACCUUGGAUGGACAUGCAGUACGGCUUAAUGGUGGUGAUGGGAAGGAUGUCAAAGUCAUAUCCCGUCAAAUCCCAUUGUGGCUUUUGAAUUCCACUCCUGAUGAAUUUGUUGAAACAAUUAAAAAGAGUGAUGCUCCACUUCAUGUGAAGUAUUUGCGGACUAUGGUGGAGUGCCUCUGCUUACUUCACAAAGUGGCUGCAGCUGGUGCUGUAAUAAGCCAGCGAUUGCGACCCACAAUUCAUGAGAUCAUCACAACCAAGAUUAAAGCCCAUGCAGAAUCCAUUAAUUCUUCAAGGUCUGGAAUUGACAAGGCCACUCAAACUGGUACCACCAGUCUCCUCUUUAUGAAGGGACAGUUAGAAAGGUACCAGUUACCAAAACAGAAGCGUCAGAAUGGGAUGUCAUUGGCAGGGACUCUGUUGGCAGUGAGCCCUGUCUCGCCUGUGAUGGCUCCUACAGGAAAAGCACAGGCUGCUACAAAAGAGCUUCUUGAUUCAAUUUUGGAUGCCGUUGUUCGGAUAUUUGAGAAUCAUGUUGUUGUUGGAGAGCUUAUUGAGUCGAAAUCUUCCCUACAAGGUGACCUAAACACACCAAAGUCACUGUCAACAGAUGUAAACCUCGAUUCUGAAGCAUCUCAAAUUACUGGAGGCUACAGUAUUGGGUUUUCCUUGACAGUUUUACAGAGUGAAUGCCAACAACUCAUAUGUGAGAUUCUUCGAGCAACUCCUGAGGCUGCAUCGGCUGAUGCUGCUGUACAAACUGCCAGGCUUGCAAGCAAGGUUCCUACAAAUGAAAAGAGGGAUGCGUCAGAAGAUGGCCUCACUUUUGCGUUCCGUUUCACAGAUGCUACCGUAUCGGUUCCUAACCAGGGGGUUGAUCUCAUUCGCCAAGGAUGGAGUAGGAGGGGUCCCAAUGUCUUGCAAGAAGGUUAUGGCUCUGCAGCUGUCUUGCCUGAGCAAGGCAUUUAUCUAGCAGCAUCUGUAUACCGACCUGUUCUUGAGUUUACAGAUAGAGUUGCUUCAAUGCUGCCGAGAAAGUAUUCCCAGCUUGGGAAUGAUGGAUUGCUAGCCUUUGUGGAGAAUUUUGUGAAGGACCACCUUUUGCCAACCAUGUUUGUUGACUACCGGAAAGGCGUACAACAAGCUAUAUCAAGUCCUGCUGCAUUUCGGCCACGGGCACAUACUAGUGUUUCAUAUGCUUUAUCAAUUGAGAAGGGUCGACCUAUCUUGCAGGGGCUUCUGGCUAUUGAUUUCUUAGCAAAAGAGCUGCUCGGUUGGGCUCAAGCAAUGCCUAAAUUUUCUGCUGACCUUGUGAAGUAUGUUCAAACUUUCCUCGAGCGAACCUAUGAAAGAUGUCGAACUUCAUACAUGGAGGCAGUUCUUGAGAAGCAGAGUUAUAUGCUCAUCGGAAGGCAUGAUAUUGAGAAAUUGAUGCGACUUGAUCCAGCUAGUGCGUGUUUACCAAAUGCACUUGGUCAGUCAAAUGUGAGAAAUAUUGCUUCUGAUGCGGAAAGUAUUGAGGUUGAAUCAGAACUAAGUGAACUUCUCUUAAAUUUGCGUCCUAUUAAGCAGGAGAAUCUAAUUCGUGAUGACAAUAAACUUGUUUUGCUGGCAUCCCUGAGUGAUUCAUUGGAAUAUCUUGCAGACUCAAUUGAAAGACUUGUACAAGCAACCCCACAAACAUCAAAUCAUGUGGAGAGUGGCAAGCCUAGCCAUACACGAACAAGCAGUUCACCUGCUAGGGAUCUGGCAUCGUUUGCAGAUGAGUACCGAAAACUAGCAAUUGAUUGCUUAAAAGUUUUACGUGUGGAGAUGCAGUUGGAGACAAUUUUCCACAUGCAGGAAAUGACAAAUAGGGAAUACCUGGAAAACCAAGAUGCAGAAGAGCCUGAUGACUUUGUUAUUUCACUUACUGCACAGAUAACACGCAGGGAUGAGGAAAUGGCACCUUUUGUUGCGGGAGUGAAGCGGAAUUACAUAUUUGGUGGAAUAUGUAGUAUUGCUACAAAUGCAUCCAUUAAGGCUUUGGCUGACAUGGAAUCAAUCAACCUGUUUGGAGUUCAGCAGAUAUGUCGGAAUUCAAUUGCUCUAGAACAGGCCCUUGCAGCUAUCCCAUCAAUUGACAGUGAAGCUGUACGGCAGAGAUUAGAUCAUGUCCGAACCUAUUAUGAACUGUUGAAUAUGCCAUUUGAGGCCUUGCUUGCCUUCAUUACAGAGCAUGAGCACUUGUUUACAGCUGCAGAGUAUGCUAAUCUUCUAAAAGUCCAGGUGCCUGGAAGGGAGAUACCUCCUGAUGCACAAGAUCGAGUAUCAGAGAUUUUAUCCCUUUAGCACUCCAAAGUGACUCGAUUUGGUUAGCGGCCAAAAUCAUAUGAUUUGUGCUUUCACAGAUAAUUACUCAUCUCCUAGUUGUUAGAGCAUGGUGCGUAAGCCUUUUCCGUGGAAGUUAUUGUUCAACAUGUGCCUAGUAGUGGUAAAUUUUUGUCAAAUAUCAGAGAUUAGAGGUUUGUUCUAUUGCAUUUGUAAUUAUAGUUUAUCCUAUGUAGUAUCAAUUUUGUGAGUUGUGUUUCUUUGUGGGCCCUUUUAGGAGUUUUUGCUUAGUGUUGGUAAUGGCAGAUUAAAAGUACAAAUAUAAUGUUUCUUAUGCCAAGUACAUGCUGGUUAUUUUGGACAUCGGACGUUGUAUCUAUCAACCUCCAUAGCAAGUCCGAGUUCAAUAAGAAACUUAAAUGUUAAUGAGAAGUAGGAAUAACUGAUGAGAACUGAUGAUUAACU